AUGGAAACGGAACCUCUACUAUCUGGGAGCGUAAAUCAGGUUUCGGAACACAACGUUUCGCAGGAAAUUACAAAUACACAGAGGCAAUCUUACUCGGUGACCAGAGAUUCUUGUUGCUACGAGGCUGAUUAUGAGGAUCUUUAUGUCCGGCAAGCGAUUGUGUUCAUUGAAGAUGCCAUACAGUACCGAUCCAUCAACCAUCGAGUGGAUUCAAGAUCACUACAUUUUUACAGAUGGUACUACUCCCGGCUCUGGCAAUGGGGCCUGGGUGGUGUCAUCACUGUCAUCCUGACCUUGGCGUUCGUGGAAAGGCCCUCCUCCCUGAGCUCCACCUCAGACCUGCGCUUUAAGAGCCCCCCCCGGGAGCCCCCCUGCGGUCUGACUGAGAGCCUGGAGCUGGCCUGCCUCCUCACCUUCAGCCUUGACCUGGCUGUGAAGAGCUAUCUGAUUGGCUGGGAGGAGUUCCGGAAGAACAAAUGGCUGAUUGCUUACAGUGUGGUCAUCGCAGGAUCAGUCAUUGAUUGGACCUUAUCAAUGAGCAUGGCUUGUGAUGAGAAUUUAAGAAUCAGAAGACUUUUCAGACCAUUCUUCCUUCUUCAAAAUUCAUCACUGAUGAAGAAAACUUUAAAGUGCUUGAAAAGAACUCUCCCUGAAAUUGCCAGUGUGAUUCUGCUCCUGGCCCUGCACCUGUGCCUGUUCACCAUGAUUGGAAUGCUGAUAUUUGCCAGGGGGGAGAAUUCAGAAGAGAAUGGAGAGUGGGAAACAUAUUUUAAGGAUUUACCCCAGUCCCUGUCCUCCCUGCUGGUUCUGCUCACCACUGCUAAUAACCCUGAUGUGAUGAUUCCAGCCUACUCUGUAAAUAGAGGCUACUCCGUCUUCUUCAUUCUCUUCAGUGGCUUCGGAACAUACUUCCUAAUGAAGCUUCUGACCGCGAUUAUUUACAACCAGUUCAGGGGAUAUUUACUGAUGUCCAUCCAGACAUCCAUCCUGAGGAGACGGCUGGGAAUCAGGGCAGCCUUUCAGGUCAUGUGCUGGGGAGGCCAGGGGAAGCCCAGCGUCCCCAACCAUGUUGAGAGGGUGCGGGUGGAAGUGGUCGUGCAGGUGAUGAGGCAGGUCCAGAUGAAGUCCUACUACAGACAGGCCGUCAUUACGAAAGCGCAAGAGCACAUAAGUGGCUAUAUCCAGGGAGAGGCUUUCCAGAAGCUGUUUGAUGAAUUGGACAAGGACAGGAUCAAAGAGCACCCGCCGUUGCCAGUGUACCGCUCUCCAGCCCUCCGGAGGAUACAGACUGUGUUCAGCCACUGGUCUGUGACGGUGGCAGGGAAUGCUGUAGCUCUGGCCAAUGUCUUCUGCAUCUUUACCAUCCUGGUGAUGGACUCCGAUAAGUCUAUUGCAGAGCGGGAUGACUACUAUCUGGAGGCCAUCAAUUGCUUCUUCAUUGUGUAUUACCUGCUUGAGAUGGUGUUGAAGAUCUUUGCCUUUGGGUGGAGAGGCUACUUGUCUUAUAGAAGCAACGUCUUCGAUGGGCUGCUGACUGUCCUUCUCUUAGUUCUCCAGAUUUCCAUAUUUGCCACUUACAGACUGCCAUAUCCUCAGUGGAACCCAGCCACACAAGGCCUGCUCUCUCUGUGGGAAAUGGCCCGUUUGGUCAACAUGCUGAUCGUGUUCCGCUUCCUCCGGAUUAUCCCCGAAAUCAAGCUGAUGGCUCUAGUGGCCAGCACCCUGGUGGAUCUGGUGAAAAAUCUCCGGGCUUUUGCUGGAAUCUUACUGGUGGUGUACUACGUUUUUGCUGUUCUUGGCAUUUGGCUGUUCCAGGGAGCAAUCACAGUGCCAUCUACAAUGAGGAACUCAAGUGGCUCUAAUUUCACAGCAGGAUGUGGCUCCUAUGAACAGCUGGGCUAUUGGCCCAACAACUUUGAUGACUUUGCUUCCUCCUUGGUGCUCCUCUACAACAUAAUGGUUGUCAACAACUGGCAGGUGUUCAUGGAUGCUUACUCCAGAUACACAUCUGAAUGGUCCAAGGUCUACUUUGUUUCCUGGUGGCUAACCUCCUCUGUUAUGUGGGUCAACUUGUUUGUCGCCUUGAUUUUGGAGAACUUUAUCUAUAAGUGGGACCGGAGCCUCGCCUGUUCUGUUGCAGAUGUGGAGAGGACUGGAUACCAGACCACAGUGCAGCUCAUGUUCAGAGAGCAUGUGCCAGAGCCCACAGAGGAGGAGCUUCUCACAAAGCUACAGCAACACCCUCACCUGCACCUCAGCCAGUGACCCUGACCCACACACACACACACACCCUCACCUGCACCUCAGCCAGUGACCCUGACCCACACACACACACACACCCUCACCUGCACCUCAGCCAGUGACCCUGACCCACACACACACACACACCCUCACCUGCACCUCAGCCAGUGACCCUGACCCACACACACACACACACCCUCACCUGCACCUCAGCCAGUGACCCUGACCCACACACACACACACACACACACACCCUCACCUGCACCUCAGCCAGUGACCCUGACCCACACACACACACACACCCUCACCUGCACCUCAGCCAGUGACCCUGACCCACACACAUGCACACACACACCCUCACCUGCACCUCAGCCAGUGACCC